AUGUCAUCCUCCCCUGGCUCCGGCUCCGGCUCCGGCUCCUUUUCUGUUACAAUCCCAGAGACGUCUCUGUGGGCGAAUCGGAAAUGCUUGAUUAUCGCGUGUAUCGUCGCGACGGCGAAUAUGCAGUAUGGCUUCGACAGCGCUGCUGUCGGUGCUCUGCAGGCCAUGCCGGGGUUUCUGAAAGUGUUUGGCUACGAGGAUCCCAGCAGUCCGCUGGGGUACGGGAUCGAUAGCACAGUGCAACAACUCAUCACCUCCCUCCUGACGCUGGGCGCCUUCAUCUCGUCUCUGGUAGCCGGCGUGUUCGGCUCGUUCCUCGGCCGACGACACGCCCUCUGGGCAGCGUGUAUCCUCAACUUCGUCGCGCUGGCGAUCCAGAUCGCGACAACGGACAAGGGCGUGCUGUACUUUGGCCGUCUGCUGCUCGGCUUCUCCAACGGCUUCCUUGUCACCUUCUCCAACGUCUACACAAGCGAGAUCGCGCCCGCGCAUCUCCGCGGCGUCAUGGUCGCGCUGUUCGCGUACUGGGUCAACAUCGGCGCCAUCUGGGGCACGAUCGUCGAUAACUACACGCAGAGGUUGCUGAACAAGAAUUCGUACCGCAUCCCCAUUGCCUCUCUGUACAUUGUCCCGACUCUCUUGGCGAUUGGGCUGUUCUUUGUUCCUGAAUCUCCUCGCUGGCUGCUGCAUCGCAAUCGGGAGCAGGAGGCUCGCAGAUCGCUUGAAACCCUGCGCGCGGACUCUUUGGAACCGGAAUUCCUCGAACUGGAAUGGGCGGAGAUGGCUCGGGGAGUGGAGGAAGAGAAGAAGGUUGCCAAAUCGGUCAGUGUGCGUGAUAUGUUUCGGGACAUCACUCAAGGCGGAUUAGGAGCCGACCUCCGCCGCACCCUCCUCUGCUACGGCGUCAUCGGCACUCAAGCCGGUUCGGGAUCCUGGUUCGUCAUCGCCUACACGACGUAUUUCUUCGAAAUCGCGGGCAUCGACAAGCCGUUCCAAUACUCGAUCAUGAACACGUGUCUCGGCUUCAUCGGCGUCAAUUGCGGGAUGUAUGCGAUCCGCCAUCUCGUGGGCCGCAGAUUCAUUCUGAUCUUCGGCUCCAUCGCCUGCGGCCUGUGCUACCUGGGUAUGGGAAUCGCGGACAGCGUGCAUGCGGACACGAGGAUCGCCGGAAAGGCGAUCGUUGCGUUUGUUGCCAUCUACCAGUUCUUCUACAAUGGCUGUGUUGGCGCCGCCAGUUAUCCUGUCGCCACUGAGCUGGUGAGCUCUCGCCUGCGUGCGUGGACGGUGGGAUCGGCCACGUCAAUCGGCUAUGUUCUGGCGUGGCUGACGAGUUUCUGCACGCCGUACUUUAUCAAUCCGACGAGCCUGAACUGGGGCCCACGAUACGGAUACAUCUGGGCGGGAUCCAACUUCAUCUGCGCCAUCUUUUUCUACCUCUGUAUCCCGGAGAUGAAGGGCCGAUCGCUGGAGGAGCUAGACGAGUUGUUCGAGAAUCGCGUGUCGGUCAAGGACUUCCCGACGUAUCAUACCAAGAUCCAGGAUGAGGCGGUGCGUGACGUGCAGGUCAAUAUGGGAGCGUUUAAGGAGAAGGAGAGAGAGAAGGAGUCGAUGGUGAUGCAUGUGGAGGGGGAUAGAAAGGCGUCGGGGAAUACUCCAUAG